UGCCAUGUGUUCUGGGGUGACCCUUCUUGAGCAGGGAGCUGCAGCCAGAUGACCCCCUGUGGUCCCAUUGAACCUCACCCAUCCUGGGGUUUUGUGAGCCCCUGCAGAGCUGAAAGGAUAAUAAACUGUGUUUGUACAGCUGAGCGUUGGAUCUUCAGGAGCCCUUUCCUGUAAACUUGCCUAUUUUGUAUGUAAAUUCUAAGUAGUUUCUGUCUCUUUAAUUCCUAGCGUUCUCCACACUUAAGUCACUGAUGUUUUGCCCGUCUAAAUUUAGAUUCUUAAUUUCACAGGUUUUAAAGGCAGGAGGAUUUGGGUGGUGUUGCAUGUUAGUUUUUUAAUCAUUACUGAAUCAAACUUGGUUAUUUAGUCUAAAGUUAAUUCCUAGGAGGAGCAGUUCAUUACAGUGUGAUAGAUUCUUACCAACAUAAGGCUAAAAUAGUGUUGCAUUCUCUCCUGUUCUUGUGGGAAAAGAAAUUGCUAGAUGUGUCAUGUGCUGCUGCUGCUGCCUAGCAGCAGUGACAGCAGCAGAAGGCCAUGUUUAGUCACUGUCAGUGGGACUUUCUAACAUGUCUGCCUUUGGUCCCGGGAGCUUCUAAAACUGCCAUUAGACAAAUUUUCUACAUGGCAUUUAUUGCUCUUGUGACUUUUAUUGAUGGAACAGGAGGGCCAAAGCAGUGAGAGUUGGAAAGUAUUUCUGUUAUUCCCUGUGCUGAACACAGCACACCCCACCCUGUUGCCCCUUCUGUGGGGAGGUGUGAAGUGGUUUGGGUGCAAACUUGAGUUUCCUUUGCUGAUCAGUCCAAGUGUAUGAACUGUGGCUGGUGAGUGUGUGUCUGCUCCCCUGUGUGCAGCAGUUCUACUCUAGUGACUCUUUCCACCUGCUGUUUCUGCUGAGAUGCUGUUAUGGAUUUGGCUCUUAAUAUCCAAGCAGGCCCACAGGAGUAUGUUAUGCAGUGUCUGGCCAGUUACUCCUUCCUUCCUGUUGUAAAUAGAGGUGUCUGUGUGCACUGAUGAGGGCAACUGUGGCUUUAAACACGUCAAUCAUGUGCCAUCCACCACACUGCCUAUUCUUUUCCCCAAAAGCUAGUUUGGAAAAAAUUAUAAGAUUACAAAAUCUGUAUUUCAGUAUUUUUUCUUUCAUCUUCCUUCUAAAUCUAGACUGUUCCCUCCUGCCAUAUUUAUAUAAGAAUUGCAUGGUGUUGAGUCCUGUACUGGUGUGAUAGUUUUCUUAUGUUUGUGCUUUUGUUUUGUAUUUUUGGGGGAGUGGGGUUCGUUUCUCUAUUUGUUUGUUUCUCUGCCAGUACUAUAACGUUUGCUGUAUGUAUGAAUAUAAUGUUUAUUUCAAAGACUGAAUGUUUUGGUUGUGUCGGUUUAUGUGUGGGUGAGAUGUAUCUCAAGGCCUGACCUUGAGGGAACUGAGGAUACAUGCAAACACUGGAACUGUUAAAAAAGUCUUUUUCACAACUGCUGCUGCGCCUCAUGCCAUGUGCCCAGUGUUCUGGUUUAAUGAUUUCUAGUGUCAGGAUUUCACUAAAAAGUUGCAUUCUAAAAGUACCCUUUUUCUUUUUUUUUAAGGUAGUAGAAAGAAAAAAGGCCAAGGAAGGGGAGAGAAGGUCUUGCAGAGUCAUUAAAAUCAGAAGUACAUGUACAGCAGAAAAAAAGACUAGCUUCUGAAGAAACUAUAGAGGAUUUUAAAAGUGGGGAGUAAAAUAAAGGGAAAAGGAGCUGCCUUUCCAUCCCUGUUCCUUUAUUUCAGGUAACUUUUUGGCUCCAGGCAGAACCAUCAUAUUGCAAAAAAUGAGAAUGUAGUUGGCAAUGUCAUGUGGAAGGUUGGGUCUACAACAUAACGUUUUGUUCUGUGUGUUCUGAUCACGAUUCGUUGUUUUGAAAUACCAGUCUUUUGGAUAGGUCUGUAGCAAGGAUCAUGGAAGCCUGAGAGAUUUGGUUUUCUGCAUUUCCUUCAAAAGAUCUGGGACUUGGGGCCCAAAUAUCCCACAGAGGUACCAGAUUGAGAGCUUUGCAGCAAGAGGCAGGAGCACUUGGGCCAGAGCACUGCUCCUAGGAGUGGCUGGUGCAUGUGGCUUCUUUUUCUGAGAGCCUUUGGGGAUAGGUGAUGGUGUGAAACUGAUACAAUGCAACACUGAGCUUCGCCCAAUCUAUUGCCAUUCUAGUCGGUGAGGGUUUAUGGUCAGAUGAGGAUGGUGUGUAGCUCAGCAACUGCUGUGUUUCAAAGGAAGGGAGCGUGGAGUGUGCUUAUGCCACCAUCUCAAAAUCUGAGUCAAAAAAAGCAAAGGGGAAAAAAAAGUAACCUGAAACCCAAAACAAUUUGUGGCAAUGAGUGAACAGACCCUUUGGUCCAGCUGGUCUAGUCUCUCUGUGACCUCACAGUACAGCUGCAUUUAUAGGCAGUUAAAUCCUUACUAACAGCAUCCUGCAAAUGGUGAAAAGAGAAGGAUCAUUGCUAAAGUCAAACAAAGCAUAUUCUGGUGAGAGCAAACGGAGGGUUUCACUGACUUGUUUCCUUUAAGUGUACCACUUGGGAAGGUGUUUUUAAUGACUGGCAUUUAAAUUGCCUGGGUAUGUUCUAGGAUCUGAUAAAAUACUUAUAAUGCUUCUGACACUGAAAAUUAUUGGGGUUUUGGUUUUAAGGUUAAUUGAAACAAACUGUGCAAGUAGUAGUAGUAGUAGUAGUAGUUUUUGUAUAACAGUGGUCCACUAGGUCCAUUAAUAACAGCUGCUGAGCUAUUUUCUUUUUGCCAGGUUAUAAAAUGACUACAUAUAAAUGUGAGUGAUGUCAUUCAUAUUAUAAAAUGAAUUAAUUAUUCAAUUUUGCAAUUUGUAAGUAGGAAGCCUUACUUGUUUUCACCUAAUAGUUUCAUAAAUCAUUUUAAUUUCAAGUACAGUUUAAGAAAUUGCUUUCAGGACUUUGCAGAGAAACUGAUUUAUUAGGGCAAGCAAGAGUAGUAACCAUAAAGACCUCUGAAAGACUGUAAUUUGGAUAGCAGAGCUUAAAUCGUGGUCUUGCUGUUGUGUUUUAGGUGAUUGAGAAAAUGCUCUGUAGGGAAGAAAGCAAAAAUAUUUGAAUUGUUGUGGUUGGUAGCAGCCACCAGAGACUGUCCCAGUGCUGAGUGCUGGUGGCUUUUCGUUUCCCUGGAUCACAGCCUGGUGUGUAACCAGGGAAUCAGUGUGAACCUUCUAUCUCCUUAUGUACAAUACAGGCAAUGGGUGGAAAGACAUGGUAGAGAACUUAGAAGUGGUAGUGGCAAAUAACAGUAAUUAAUGCUUUAUUUUGCAAAGAAAGGCUUAUUUCUUAAAUUGCAGUUGAUUGCUGAGCUGUAUUUUGGGAGCUGUCUUUGUCUCCUAGUUGAGUCACUAAAUAUGCUUCUGUCAGGAUUAUCUGAUGUUAAUGCUGACUUUGCCCUUUCUUAAUCAAGUUGCUGCUCAAAUGUAAUUGGUUUUGGAUAACAUUUUAUGAGACUUGCUUGGAAAGGAACAAAAUCAAAUCAGAAAUCGCUGGUUGAUUUUCAGGCUCGGCAAAACUCACCUGUGUAAGCUAAGUAUGAAUUUACUGGAGGGGAAACACAGAUAAUAAUCUUCAGAAAGCACAGACAUUUGAAUAAUUUUGUGAUGUAUCCACAUAGUUCAGCCUUGAAUGUAAUAUGCUUCCAGGUAAUGUCUCAAUUGUCAGGACAGUGUUUUUUCCUCAGUUGUGUAUCUCAAAUUCUUUUUCUAAAGAACACAUUUCUUAUUUUAAAUGUACAUUUUUUUCCAAAAUUUAAAAUGCAGUUUGUGUCAAAACUGAAAUAUUUGCUUAAUGGUGUCUGUGACAGACUGUUGUGAUUUGGAGUCAUGAGCUGAAGCAUUUCAGAUGUAUCAGUGUGGGAUUAACCUCAGGGUAUGUGUCCUGAGUUCUCAUAUAUCUUCUAUAUAGAUAAAUACAUAUAUACUCCAUGUAUCUGGGUGCUUAAAUUAUUAGGAAAUUAAUUAAAUUAGUAAGUGAUUCCUUAAUCAUUUAAAUUGAUUCAUGGGUAGCAGUCUACAUUCCUCUACAGUCUAUUACAUCUUCACCUGUAUAAUCUCCAUUAAUUUUUCAGGAGCAAUACUUUAAAUUGUAAGUUAAUGUAAACUAGUUCUUGGACUGUUCACAAACUGAGGUGAUGAGAGAAGAGGUCAUGUGAGGGAACUGAAGCUGAGGAAAGAAGCUGUUAGAUAAGUUUUUCUUUAAGUUUUUCUUUUAAAAUGAGUUUUUCUUGUGUGUUUUCUGAACUUGAGGUUUUCAUUCAGCAGCUGUGUUUAGCAGUGAACUUGACUCAAGUAAACUUGAGUUUAGGAGGUGGAGAAGAAGAUUUUUAAAGUCUAGACCAGGUGAACUUUCAAGUUCCUUUCUAAAUUGGGCUGUUCUGUGACUCAUUUUGAAAGGAGGGAUGUUGAGGCAAAGUUUUACUUCAAAGUUUUUCAUUCUGAGGAGUGUAAAUUUUCAGGUUCUUCAAAGUGUAACCUUGUUCCACAGAAUACAUCUGAAUUUCCUCUUGAGACUGCUAUGAGAGAUAUGGAAGGAAGUAGCAAGACUGGAAAAACAAACCCUGAAAAUUCUCUGGAAAAAAAUGAUGGGCAGCUGCAUGGCAAAUGGUCUAAAAGAGUAGGUCAGAUCUCCGGUAAAGACAAUAGAAUUGAGGAAACAGAAAACAAAGAGCACAUUGCUGGUUCUACAAGCCAACAAGCUCACUGGGGCAGGACUUACCCAUAUCUUAGUGCUCAGGAAGGGAUUCUUGAGCCUGAUGCAAAUCUGAAGUACAACACUGGGAUUUUUGAUUCAGCCAGAAGUGCAGAUGCUUCAGAAAGCUCCAAACAGAUGCAGCAUAAGAGGACACCUUGCAAGUAUGGAAGUGGCUGUUCCAGGAAGAAUCCCAUUCACUUCCAGCAGUUCAGUCAUCCUAAUGAUGAUGACUAUCACAAAUGGAGAUGGUGGCUCAGGAUGACAAUGACAGCCAGCCUGAGUGUCCAUAUGGAACAGCUUGUUAUCGGAAAAAGGGCUGUGAAGAAGGACAGUGUCAAUGAUGGUGCAGCCAGUGAAUAUGACCUCAAUGAUGGCUUUAUAGAUGAGGAGGAGGAGGAGUGCAAACCUACUGAUGAAGACUCAGACUGGGAACCAAGUUCAGAAGAAAAGGAUAACGAAGAUGUUGACACACGUGUGCAAGAAACAUGUAGAUUUGUUAGGAUCAAAAAAUAGCUGCUGAGAACAGCCUUAUAAAUGUCCAGUGUGGUUGUGUUAACACAUGGUUGCACAAAGGAGAGGAAUUGUUUGAAAUUUAUUUUUCCAUGAUGUAGGCAGUACAGGAAGGUAAUAAUGGAGGUGAGGGGAUUCUGCAAUGCCUUUCUUAGCCAUAUGUAUUAUUUUUGGGCUGGUGUGGUGUUUGUUUUAUUAAGUUGUGGACCCAGAGGAUAGAGCUCAGAAAUUUUGGUGGGGUUUUUUUGUUGUUUUUGUUUGUUUGUUUUUUGCAAUGCCAUUGGUAUCUUGUAUUUUGAAAUACAGUUAUAAAGGUUGUUAAAACUUCAUCUUCCUGUGCUUGAAAGAAAUGUUGGUAGGAAAGCCUAAGCCAUUUUUAUUGUGCAGUUAGUGCCGUUUUAAACUUCAUUAUUCUGCUUCCAUCUUUCCCAGUUGUUUUGUUGAUUCUCUUGAGGUACAGUAGUUAAAUACAGGUUGUCUAAAUCACUUGAGAACAGGAUCUCAGUGUAUUGAACCACUUGAUUGGGUCGACAAGAAGUGUUAUUUGCUCUAAUUACAACAGUACCUCUUUCUGUGUACAUCACAGAAAUGUUUCCAUUUUCAGCAAAGUCUCAAUGACUGUAUUUUUGCACAAUUAAACGUGUAACAUACAGUGGGAAAAGCAUGUAACUGUGUCUCUGAUUUCUAAAGACACUGUUGGAAGAUCUUGCCUUCAGUGUGUUCAUCACUCACUUGAGCUUCCUGGAAAGCAAGUUAAAAGGUUUUACUGUAUUUUGGGACAGAGGACUUGGAGCCCUGUGAAUUUGGCACCUUUUUUUGGUCAAAGUCCUGAAGUUCAGCAGGAGAAGCAUUCUAGUAUGGCUUCAAAUAGGCAUCCAAAUACACACCAGCUGGUUUUAUGGACUUUUCAGGAGGACUUUGUGGAUGUGCCCUCUACAACUCCAAUGCCCUGAUUUUUGACUGAGCUGGUGUGCUUGUCUUGUUGUGAAGAGGCUCCUCUUAUAGGAAAAACUGCCAAGGGGAACUCAAACCAAGCAUUGCCUGGGCCUUGCCACUGCUGCAUUGAGCUGUGUGCAGACUCAGCUCUCAGUAGCCCUGAGAUGUCCUGCUCCCAUCACGCUGGGGCCAUCUUGGGCAGGGAAGUUGCCCUUUGAAGGAAGCUGCUCGCCUCAGGGGAAGCUGCCCUCAUGGCCAGGAGGCAGGAGAGCACAGACCUGGCUUGAGCUGGGCUGUGUCACAGAGGAACUGUCUCAGUCCUGCCCAGGAGGCACCUCCACAAGGAGGUGCAUGCAGCUGCCACAGGCUGGAGUAGCGCUCUCUGGAGGAAGAGGAGAAGGGGGAGCCAGCCUCAUGCUGAGGUGCUGGCAGAGGAAGAAGCCACUUUCCUCUGGAGCACAGGAGAGGUGUGCUCCAGGCUAUGGGAUGUAAGAGGGGACUGUGCAGCCUCAGGUCCCAGCAGUUCAGAGGCUGGGCACUGGGGAUAGACCUUGUGGACCUCAGCUGCUGCCUGUUUCUACCUCAUUACACACACCCCCUUGGCACUUGGAAACUUCCAUUCUUGUAGGGUCAUCUUGGUCCUUACAGAUUCUGCUGAAAGGGGAAGCAUUCUUUUUGACAGAUUUCUCAGAUAAAAAUGAAGUGUCAAUGUGGCAAUAUUA